CAUUCCAGCAUAUUAAAGCAUUCAAAGAAUUUAUUAACCAGCUUGGUUCCUACGUUCAUUCAAGAAAAGCCAAUUUGGAGAGAUGGCAGGAUUGCUAGAGAUACAUGAUAAAGAUGGUCACCCAGAGCAUAAGCUUAAGUUGGAAAGGAGUGAAGUUCCUUUCAUUUGUGGUGGGUGCAAAGAGCUAGGAUUUGGACUUCGCUACCAAUGUCCCAACAAGAAUUGCAAUUACAUACUUCAUGACGAAUGUGGAUUUGGGCUUCAAUACCGACGUCCCCCGACUCAGAAAUUUUUCAAAAAAUGCGACUUCCAAUUCCACCAACAGAAUCCAUUACUAGGAACAAGAAUUUGCAACAUUUGUGCCUUGGACAUACAAGGAUUCUUGUACCAAUGCUCCCAUGGAGAUAUUGAUUUACAUCCCCAUUGCGCGAACCUUUCUUUGACCAUUACCCUUCCGGAUUCCAACGAACUAAUCGAACUUCGCGAAAAUACCAAAUCAAGAUGCUUGAAAUGUCAAAGAAAGGAAAGAGCAGGCAAAGUCCAGGGUUUGUCCUAUGUUUCCUCAGAUGGUAAGCUAUGUUACCAUGUGGCAUGUCUGAAAGAAGCAUGUCUUGACAAUUGGAAAAGGGGUUAUUUUCAACUUGAUGUUCUCGCUAUUGAGGAAAAUAAAAUCCUUGCACUGCAAAAUCUUGCUCCAAACCAAGUGGUUCGCCCAAGUGAGGGACAAAGCUCGAAUGCAAUGAAGGGUAUCAAAUUGUUGAUCACAUUUCUCAAGUUGGUCGUUUCUGCUAUACUUGGAGAGCCAUUUACUUUAGUUUCCACUUUAUUUCAAAUUUCUCAGAACUAGUUAGUCCAGGGCUUGUGUUUGUUUAUGAUUGUGUGUGCUUUGUUAAAUAAGGCUUGAACUUGCACAUCCAACAAGUCAAGU